AUGAGCACGUCUGCUUCGGGUGGUCUGCGGUGGUUGUUGCGGCGUCUCUCAGUAUCAAUAGGCAAAUCCAGUGCAGGUAUUGGUGUUAAUUCGGCGCAAAAGUAUGCUCCAAAUGAUACCAAUCCCACCCCAUUUACAACGCCGGGAUUCUUUCCUCCCUCCGCGUGGUCGAUUCACCGUCCUGUAAAUGAAGCUUUAGAACAAAAGUUGUUUUCUGACAAAGCUAAUGUCAGCGAGAGCUCACGAUUCCUGUCUGGCGGAAUCGUCUAUACGUCGGGAAAGCCCGUGCGUGAAAAGCUGUCGUAUACGACAUAUAGUAAAUUUGGUGAUCUUCCUCUUGACAAAAAGUUACUACACAAUAUAUCGCUUUUGCAUCUCGUCGAGAUGACUCCGGUCCAAAUUCACGCCAUACCCUUGCUACUGGCCGACUCUCCGGCAAGUGAAAAUGUUACUAAUGUGGGGUCGUACGAUCUUAUGGCAGCAGCGCAAACAGGAUCCGGGAAGACUCUUGCUUACCUUCUUCCGAUUCUUCAGCGCAUUAUGUGUACUUAUCCGUCAGACUCAAUGACCGCCCUUGCAGAUAGCAACUACCGAAUUCAGUUUCCUUUGGCCCUUAUUCUCGCACCUACUCGAGAACUAGUUCAUCAAAUCAGGCUUGAAACCAGCAAGCUCUGUUAUCGAACUAACGUGCGACCCGUGGCUCUGUAUGGCGGGGAGAAACCGAACCAACAAAUAUCCGAAUUAAACCGUGGCUGCCACUUGAUUGUCGCCACUCCUGGUAGACUUCUAGAUUUUUUGGAACAGCGUCUUCUCAGGCUCUCUUUCUGCAGAAACUUGGUCAUAGACGAGGCCGAUCGUCUUCUUGACAUGGGCUUUGAGCCACAAUUGCGGAAGAUUAUUCAAUCUCGCAAGUUCGGCGUGCCUGAUGGUGAGGGCCGACAGACCGCUCUCUUUAGUGCAACUUUCCCUCCGAGUGUUGCCUUGCUUGCUCGCGACUUUCUCCGUGGACCGCGUUGCAUCUCCCUUAACGUCGUUCGCAGCGAUGAAGAUGACGCCGACACCGGGAAAAUCCUUGUCCCUGUUUGGGGUCAAGCUGUCAAGCGGACUCGGCACUCCAGUGAGGAUGCUUUCAAACAGUUGAAAGCCACUGUUCCGAAAGAGAUUGUGCAAGCGGUUGAGUGGGUGGAGGAGAGCAACGGUAGACGGGAUGCAUUUCCGACCAAUAUGUUCGAUCGCUUAGUCACUGUCCUUAGUCCUGAAGCUGCUGCCACUUCUUCGGGAGGUGUAAAAAGAGACUUGGAGGGUAUGUCUGUCGGCUCCAAGGAGCGAAUUUUGGUCUUCUGCAACACCAAGCGUGAGGUCGAUCGAGUCGAUCGGUGUUUACUAAGACAGGGCUUCAAGUCAGUUUCCAUCCACGGCGAUCUUUCACAAGCGCGUCGAAACAAUAGUGUGAAUCGCUUUCGUGAUGGCAAAGCGAACAUACUUGUGGCGACUUCUGUUGUAGCUCGUGGAAUGGACUUCCCCCGGGUGGAAGUGGUUAUCAACUUCGGCCUACCAUUGGGUCUCGACGAGUACGUACACCGAAUUGGUCGAACGGGUAGGAUGGGUCAAGCAGGUCGCGCUGUCACUCUUGUUGCCUCGAACAACAUCGGGAGUGAUAAACACUUGCAAGGUGUUGCUCGUGGUAUAUGCCGGCUCGUUGACGACCCCUCUUGCCUUCCAGAAGAAUUUGUGCGUGCUGCGAAAUGGCAUCCAGAAGAUGCAGCUUCUGAGGAUGAAUCUGCCAAUUUUAAUCGCUCUGGGAUGACUCCGCCCUGCUCUCCACAAAGGCUUAAAAAUCGAUACUCGAAACACAAGAAACUGAACAUGGCAAAUGGAGGUGCGGAUGUUGCUUGCUACACAUUGAUUUCACUUACCAACGAGAGCAAACAGUACACAGAGCAGAAGUUGCGGGAGGACCUUCAAAAUGAAAAUGUCAUUGUGAAGCGUGAAGCUCUUAAAGAACUCAUUCGGAAUUCUGUCAAUGGCGAAAAAUAUCGCGACCUUCUCAUGAUCGUAAUACGGUUUGUAAUGCCGUCUAAUGAUCACACAACCAAGAAGUUGCUUCACUUGUUUUGGGAAGUUGCUCCUAAAUACUCUCCUCAGGGGAAGCUGCUAAAUGAAAUGAUUCUUGUUUGCGAUGCCUAUCGUCGUGAUCUUCAACAUCCUAAUGAAUACAUUCGCGGCUGCACGCUUCGAUUCUUAUGCAAGUUGAAGGAACCUGAACUCCUCGAGCCUCUCAUGCCAUCCAUCCUUCAGUGUCUUGAACAUCGUCAUGCUUACGUUCGACGAAAUGCUGUCCUGGCCAUCUUUACUAUUUAUAAAAAUUUUGAACAUCUUAUUCCUGAUGCUCCAGAGCGCAUGCUUAAUUAUUUGGAGGAGGAACAGGAUCCAUCCUGUAAACGAAAUGCUUUCCUAAUGCUUUUGCACGUCAGUCAAGAUACUGCUGUCCAAUACCUUUCACGUUGCAUAGAUGCUGUGGAUACCUUCAGUGAAACCAUGCAGUUAGUUGUUGUCGAGCUGAUCCACAGAGUUUUCCAGUCUCACCCUUUGGAGAAGGUAAAGUUUAUCCGCUGCGUCUUCUCUCUCCUCAAUUCGACGAGCUCAUCUGUGAGAUAUGAGGCGGCAACCACUCUGAUCACACUUAGUGGAGCCUCUCCGGCUAUUCGCGCCUCAGCUAGUUGCUACAUUGAUCUUAUAUUGAAGGAAUCAGAUAACAAUGCAAAACUGGUCAUCCUGAACAGUCUCAUUGCUUUGCGCGCCCGCCAUGAAAAGAUUUUACAAGAGCUUGUCAUGGAUGUUGUCCGAAUUUUGAAUGCCUCGGAUGUGGAAUUAAGAAAUAAGGCACUUGAAUUAAUAGUUGAUUUAGCCACUACAAGGACAGUUGAUGAUUUGACUGGUUUCCUGCGAAAGGAAUUGAUUAAAGCAAGUGCUUCUGCGUCCAGCGGUUCCGCGGCAUCAUCUACCGAAAGCGGCAAUGGGUCUUUAGUUAAAACAGGUGUCAGUGAUGAGGAUGUCUAUAGACGCGCACUGGUUCGGACUAUCCGAGCUAUCUGUAUGAAGUUUCCGAAUUGCCUCCCUGCUAUUCUCCCUACGCUCUGCGAUAUCUUAACCUAUGUGGAAUUGAAGGAUUCGAUGGCAGCCAUAGAAAUUUGUCGAUUUUUGCGAGAUGCUGUCUUCCGACAUCCCCAUCACAGAAGUCUUAUUCUGGAAAAAGUUUUUCUGGUUCUUCCUUCUGUUGCUGGUUUUGAUGUUCUGCGUCAUCUUAUUUGGCUCUGUGGGGAAUUCUGUACGGCUAAAUCGGAAAUACUUGAAUUCUUGCUGGUCAUUCAUCAGUGUAUAGGUCCGCUUCCCAUAGUUCAAAGAGAAAUGUCUCGGAUUAUGACGGAAAACGGAUCAACAGGCGAAGAAAACAUGGAGGAUAGCACCAAGCAGAACUCGGGUGUACCUGCUGAGGCUGCAGUUAAAAAAGUUACUGUCGAUGGUGCCUACGCUACCCAAUCCGCAUUCACCAUCCGAUCUGAGGCUGCAUCUACCGGCGACGUAAAACGUCCUGUAAUUCAGGCAGCUCUCUUUGCCAAUAACUUUACUAUCGGUUCCGUGGUCUCCGUGUGUCUGGUUAAACUCUUCUGUCAUUUCGUCAGUCUGCUGGAUAACCCUGACACCAACACCUCAGCCACAGAAAAAAACAGGUUUUCGGCUGAGUGCAUGCUCAUAAUUUCAAGCAUGAUACACUUGGCUUGUAGUGGUCUCGUCGCUUGCCAUGUCAACUCCGACAUCAUUGACCGCAUGUGGACCUGCCUAGUUGCUCUCGCAGACUCCCGCACACACGUGACGUGUGCCUUUGGCAAAAUUGGCCGCGAUUUUCUAAAAGAAUUGUUGGAUGUCCAAGAGGCGGAGACCAAAAAACGCAUUGCCGCCUCUGGCAACGUAUUGUCUCCAUCUUCUGCCGAAAACAAUUCAGUAGACGCCUCAAUCGAUUUUGAGUUGCUCGUGCCACCUGAAGGAGAUCAGAGUGAACAGGUUGAUCACUUCACCAUGACUCUUGACCAGGCUAUCAAGGGUACAGCAAGGACUGGUGAUGCCUAUGCUACCUCCAAGCUCAAAAAAGUGCAUCAACUCACUGGUCUCUCUGAUCCUGUCUACGCAGAGGCCUUUGUCAGUGUUAAUCAAUUUGAUAUCGCCCUAGAUGUUCUGCUGGUCAACCAAACCAAAGAUACUCUGCAGAACCUCACUCUGGAGCUCUCCACUUUAGGGGAUCACAAACUCAUUGAAAAGCCGCGUCCCAUAACCCUGGCCGCACAGGACUUCGCCAACGUCUGUGCUACCAUCAAGGUUUCCUCCACGGAGAAUGGGAUAAUUUUCGGCAACAUAGUUUAUGACACCCGAGGUUCAGCAGGCGAGUCCAACUGUAUCGUACUCUCGGACAUUCGCAUCAACAUUCUCGAGUACAUCCAACCAUCUACGUGCUCCGACGCCGAUUUUCGUACCAUGUGGUCCGAUUUUGACUGGGAAAAUAAGGUCACGGUGAGCACGCAGCUGACUGACUUGCGGGCUUAUCUAAACCAUGUGACGAAGAUUACCAACUUCAAGUGUCUCACACCGCCGGAGGCGCUGCGUGGGGAGUGCAACUACCUUUGUGCUACCCUCUACGCCCGCUCGAUUUUCGGUGAGCACGUACUGGGUAACCUCUGCCUGGAGAAGUCCGCCGAUGGCGCCCCUGUCUCUGGCCACGUACGCAUCCGCGCCAAAACUCAAGGAAUGGCUGUCACUAUGGGUGACAAGAUAAGCACCUCGCAAAAGCAGUGGAAGGAUGAAAAACCGUUGAAUGCGUCUGGCUCGAACAAGAAUUUGGUGGAAGACACGAGCGCAGAGUUCGCCUCUCUGAUACCAGGUAUAUGA